UUGUCGCUGCAGUCGGUAAAUGGACGUUUGAUGUGGUUGUUUGUCAAGAGUGUCCUAUUGUCUGUUUACAGUGAUUUAUUUCCCAUUACUAUAAUCCUAAUUGAAGUAAAAGGUUUUAAGGAGUAGAUGAAGGUGACAGAAUGUCUCGCAACAAAGACAAGCAUGAGGGCGCUAGCGGGCGCACUUACCACAUUAUGUCGGAGGCGGAGCGGGCUUCCGGCCGUCGUGGAGGCUGGACCACGCUUGAGGUAACAGGAGGUGUGCGCGCCCUAGCGCCCCAACUGUUUCAACUGACGCAUCUAACCGCUCUAUACCUGAACGACAAUUCGCUGCAGCGGAUCCCGCCCGACAUCAACCAGCUGGCCAACUUGCACACCCUCGAUAUAUCAAACAACAAGCUGAGAUCGCUGCCAGCCGAGCUUGGAGACCUUAUACAGCUCAGAGAGCUGCACCUCCACAACAACUACCUCCGCGUCUUACCGUACGAGCUCGGGAAGCUGUUCCACCUGCAGCUGCUGGGCCUCCAGGGGAACCCGCUCAGCAAGGAGAUGCUCUCCAUAUACAACGACAACAACGGCACCGCGAAGCUGUUGACGUAUAUGCUAGACAAUUUGCAAGUUUCUGCCACUCUACCGCCACAGAGGCCUUGGAUACCAUUGACCCGACCGAACAGGACUCGUCCGACUUGUAUAUUCACAGUAAUGUGUUACAACGUACUAUGUGACAAGUACGCGACGCGACAGAUGUAUGGCUACUGCCCCAGCUGGGCGCUCGAGUGGGACUACAGGAAGAAAGGCAUCCUCGACGAGAUCAGACAUUACUCCGCGGACAUUAUCAGCUUACAGGAAGUGGAAACAGACCAGUUCUACAACUUCUUCCUGCCGGAGUUAAAGCAGGACGGGUACGAUGGCAUCUUCUCGCCCAAGUCUCGCGCCAAGACGAUGUCCGAAUCAGAACGAAAGUACGUCGACGGGUGCGCCAUCUUCUUCAGAUCUGCUAAGUUCGCAUUAGUUAAAGAACACCUCAUAGAGUUCAACCAACUGGCCAUGGCUAAUAGUGAGGGAUCAGAUAAUAUGUUAAAUCGUGUCAUGCCGAAGGACAAUAUAGGGUUGGCGGCCCUUAUCAAGACUAAAGAGGCGGCAUGGGAAAACGGAUUACCAACAGACUCAUCAAUGCUUGGUCAGCCGAUCCUUGUAUGUACCGCACACAUCCACUGGGACCCUGAGUUCUGCGAUGUGAAGCUCAUUCAAACGAUGAUGUUGAGUAAUGAACUGCGGUCGAUACUCGACGACUCGGCGCGGACGUUACGGCUGGCGGGACAGAGGGAUAACGUGCAGCUGCUGCUGUGCGGGGACUUCAACUCUUUGCCUGAUAGUGGCGUGGUAGAGUUCCUAUCGGCGGGGCGCGUGUCGGCGGAGCACCGCGACUUCAAGGAGCUCGGCUACGCGGCCUCGCUGCGCCGCAUGCCCGGCUCCGAGCACGAGUUCACGCACAACUUCAAGCUUGCCUCCGCCUACAGCGAAGACAUCAUGCCCUACACUAAUUACACGUUUGAUUUUAAGGGCAUAAUCGACUACAUAUUCUAUAGUAAGCAGUCAAUGACACCGCUCGGACUGCUCGGGCCUCUAUCCCAGGACUGGUUCCGGGAGCACAAAGUGGUCGGCUGUCCGCAUCCCCACGUACCUUCAGACCACUUCCCGCUGCUGGUGGAGCUGGAGAUGUCCCCGGCGGCGGGCGGCAGCUCCAACGGUCUGAUCGGGCGCAGGUAGCACGCGCCGCGCGCCCCGCGCCCCACGCGCGCG